ACUCUGCAACGGCUUCAAAUUAUGUAUUGCCCUAGUUUGGUGUCUUUACCGGAGUGGAUAGGCGAUCUCACUUCACUUCAGGAGCUUAAAGUUGUAAAUUGUCCGAAGUUAAUAUCACUGCCCGAAGGUAUGCGCCGCCUCACCUCUUUAUGUCGUUUGACAAUUGCAAAGUGUCCUUGCUUGGAGGAAAGAUGUGAACAAGGAACAGGAGAGGAUUGGCCAAAGAUUGCUCACGUCCCAAACUUUCGUAAAGGUGGCGAUGGUAAUCUCAAAGAAUGGAUAGCAAGCCAAGUUCGCAAAUGUCUUGAGGAAGCAUUUAGUUUCAUGUAUGGACGCUUCUUCAGACAAUCAGAUAUUUGCAAAGCUCAAACAUUUACAUUAUAAUUAAAGCACUGGCAUACAUGGAUUUAAGAUUUGGAGCCAACUCGAAACUUUUUCACUCUGCAGCUAAGCAUUAAGUUGAGAAGUCGGGAAUUUGAGAUGGAAAAAUUAAGAAAAAUCUAUAUGAUUCCUGGAAUAUCAUCUUAAGGCUUGGUCUUCUAAUUAUCUUCUCAAAGAUCAUAAGGUGCUGAAAGCUGAAGCAGUAGACAUUAACCUUGGAGUGGAUCAGGAGGCAUUUGUGAAAAGAGUGCUCCAUGUCAAUUGCCAAAAAAGAGACAAUUCCUCUUAUAUGUACUGGCCUGUAGCUUUUAUUUGUCUUUGCCCCUGGUCCCAUGUUCCAUUUCCUCUUGCCUUGGAAUUGUGUCCUUUUCACUUAACUCACUCCUUCCUUGAUUGAAAAAGUAUCAUUUCACAACAGAGGCCAAGAAGGGAGCUUUAAAAUGAAGCACUUCUUUUUUUCGCUUUUGAAGGAAACCCUGGGAAAGAGGUGGGGAGCUGGGAGUUGGGCUCAAGAGUUGUUUGGGUAUUUUCCCGGAUUUCUAUAUGAUUUUUAAAAUGUGUUUGAUGGCUUUGUUUGGAUUAGAAGCACGAUCUUGAUAUUUAAAUCUGGACAUGCACAACUAGUGUUUGAAUAUUAGGAGUUAUUAUCCAUUUUGUUAAUGUAGAAUAUUUGGGUAUCUUAUGAUUAUGGGGUGGAUUUAAGAUUUAUUCUUAUACUCUGAAUGCAUGAUACCUUAUGUCCCUUGAUGAGAUAAUAUGUAUUGGAAAUCCAUUUAUAUUUUUAUGCCUUCCUCUAUUAUUUGAUGAACAAGAAAACUGGGAACAACUUUGUGAUUUUGAAUGGAGUAUGUGAUAGUUACAUAAUUUUGAUAAAAACUGACAUAA